AUGCCAACCGAAUCAACACCUUCCAUUUCCCUGCCUCCAACCAACCCCUUGUCAUUAUCGCAGGGGGUUAUUAAAUGUUUUGUAUGUGGGAAUGGGAACUUGAUAAGUGGAUCAUCGACCAAUACAGGUACGAACGAAGGGAUAGUGGUUCUGAGUGAUCCGAUAGAGAGGAUUUGCGGUAGAUGUGUGAAUGCUAGGAGGAUCGGUACUGCCGUCGAGGUAGAUACAUUCGAUCUGGACCAGGAGCAAGAUAAACUUAACAGUUCGAGUAUCGAUCAAGGAGUAGAUAUAGGAUCAAGUUUAGGAUUAGGAUUGGGAUUGAGAGGGAUAGAUUUGAACGAAAGAUCGGAAAGUACAAUCUCAAAUGAUACCCAAGAAGACUCAUCAAGGGAAUCUACCCCUUCUGGUUCAUCUACGAGGAGAUGUGAAGAAGAAAGUACACCUCCUCGAAAUCGAUUAGACAAUUUAUCAAGAUCUCUUCCAACACAUCAUCCCAGACCUUGGAAAACUACUCUCAAACCAAUCAGGACGGAGCCCUCCAUCCCACCUACACCUGAAUGUACUACUUCCCUCAAUGUACAAGAGGAUGAAAGACCACCUAAUCCUCUGUUGGAUUUUACGAAAGCGAGAGUACCUUCCAUCGGCCGAGGGGCUUUGUACCCUGGAAGUAUAUUUAGAGGUACCCAGACGAGUGGGAGGAGUGCAUACGAGGUUGAGAUCCAGUUUGUUGAUGUCAACUUUGCCGAAUCGAGCAUAUCAGGCUAUCUAUCCAUCUCCCACUUGACCGAUUCUUACCCACAUCUCACAACAUAUUUCGACGGUGAAAUCAUAGGCAACAAAUAUGGAUUUAUCACUGGUUCAAGGUACGGUGCGACGGAACAUGACGAUAUGAGACAUUGGGGACGGUUCGAACAAUUUAGAAGACCCUCCACGAGAAUGGACCUCCUUAAACCCGAAUUAUACUUUAGGGAUCCAUUGCCUGAUAAAUCAAUGGGUGAGAUAAGGUCGAGGGAAAGGGAUUUUGUGUUUUUGAGAAUUAAAGAGAAAUUUUUGGUGCCGGAUCAUAAAGUUAGGGAUAUCAGUGGAGCGAGUUUUGCUGGCUUCUACUACGCAUUAGUGGAUCUAUCACCCCCUUCCGCACCUAUCGAACCUUCUACCCCUACUUCCCCCUCCACACCUAAAACGCCCUUCGGUCCACCUGCACCCAUCAUCAUUCGACGGGGAUCAAGUCAAGCGAAUGUCAGACCUGAUGGAACUAGGAGAAGGGAAAGUUCGAGUAGGUUGAGGGAUGUCCCUGUAAGAGGGGAAGCCACGAUUCGAGGGUACUAUUUCCAUUCUCUUAAUCAAGAACCUUUCCAAGAAUUAUUUCUAUCCCAUGUACCUCAAAGAAGUAGCAGCACGUUCGAGUUCAGAUAA